AGAGGAAUAGUCGCUGAGGACAGGGCAUAGACACAGGGCAGCGAGGAAGAAAUAACUGCCAGGGAGAAGGACUAGCUGGGAGGAGGACACAUUGCAGGAUACACUGUGAUAAGGCCAGGCCUCUACACUCCGCCCCUCCCGUCGCCGUCACUAGCAAGAAGCCGGGUGCUGACUGAGGGUACAGGCCGCCUGGUGUCCGCAUCUAAGCUAGGAGCUGCACGGUCAAGAGAGCAAGGGAGACCAGGCAGCAGACACGAUGGAGCAGUUAUCUGAUGAGGAUCUGGAUCAUGGAGCUGAGGAGGACAGUGACAAAGAAGAUCAGGAUCUGGAUAAGAUGUUUGGGGCCUGGUUGGGGGAGCUGGACAAACUCACUCAGAGUUUGGACACUGAGAAGCCUGAGGAACAAGUUAAGAGGUCACCGCUGCGCCAGGACACCAAUCUUGCAAACUUUUCAUAUCGCUUCUCCAUGUACAAUAUCAAUGAAGCCCUAAAUCAGGGAGAAACCGUAGAUUUGGAUGCACUCAUGGCAGAUCUUUGCUCAAUUGAACAGGAACUCAGCAGUAUUGGGUCACAUUCUUCAAAAAAUACACUUAAGUCUCAUGAACGAAAGGUUUCUCAGAGACCACCUGCCGGUAGGAUGGGAUCAUCCAAGCAAAGCAGCUUAAAGGGACAUCCUGCCUCUUCUGGGAGGGUAAACAAGCCCUCUCAUGCUAACUUCUCAUUGGAUGAUAUCACAGCUCAGCUAGAACAAGCAUCUCUCAGUAUGGAUGAGGCAGCUCGGCAGACUGUUGUAGAAGAUGCCAAACCUGUAGUGACAAUCCAUCACCGGAGAACGGCAUCAGCUGGUACAGUGAGUGACAGUGACAUCCGAUCAGUUAGCAAUUCCUCACGGUCCAGUAUUACUUCUGCGGCUUCAAGUAUGGACUCUCUUGACAUAGACAAAAUGACAAGACCUCAAGAGCUUGAUUUAGUGCAGCAAGGGCAGCAGCCGAUUUCUGAGCAUUCCUAUCUGGACAGGGAAACCUCUCUUCUUCUGAGAAACAUUGCAGGAAAGCCCUCUCAUUUGCUGACUAAGGAGGAACAAGCUGCCAAGAUAAAAGCAGAAAAGAUUCGAAUAGCUCUAGAAAAGAUUAAGGAGGCACAAGUUAAAAAGCUGGUGAUCCGCGUGCACAUGUCCGAUGACAGCUCAAAAACUAUGAUGGUGGAUGAGAGGCAAACUGUACGGCAGGUGCUAGACAAUUUGAUGGACAAAUCCCAUUGUGGUUUCAGCCUUGACUGGUCACUGGUAGAGACUGUCUCGGAAUUGCAGAUGGAGAGAAUCUUUGAAGACCAUGAAAAUCUAGUGGAAAACCUUCUGAAUUGGACUCGGGACAGCCAGAAUAAACUUAUGUUCGUGGAACGUAUUGAGAAAUAUGCACUUUUCAAAAACCCUCAAAAUUACCUUCUUGGAAGGAAAGAGACGUCUGAAAUGGCUGACAGAAAUAAAGAAGUUCUGCUAGAGGAAUGUUUUUGUGGUAGUUCUGUAACUGUGCCAGAAAUUGAGGGGGUUCUUUGGCUGAAGGAUGAUGGGAAAAAGUCAUGGAAGAAGCGAUACUUCCUUCUGCGAGCUUCUGGUAUUUAUUAUGUUGCAAAAGGGAAAGCAAAGGCAUCAAGAGACCUUGUCUGUUUUCUUCAACUGGAUCACGUCAAUGUUUACUAUGGGCAGGAUUAUCGCAGUAAAUACAAAGCGCCCACAGACUAUUGUCUUGUAUUAAAGCAUCCACAAAUCCAAAAGAAGUCCCAGUACAUAAAGUAUUUAUGUUGUGAUGAUGUUCGAACACUGCAUCAAUGGGUUAAUGGGAUCCGCAUAGCCAAGUAUGGAAAGCAGCUUUACACUAACUAUCAAGAAGCCCUGAAGAGAACAGAGGCAGCGUAUGACUGGACGUCUUUAUCUGGUUCCAGUAUGAAGUCAGGCUCCAGCUCAUCCAGUUUACCAGAAUCACAUUCAAAUAAUUCCAGCCAAUCAGACAGUGGUCUUUCAGACAACCAAUCAACCUGCCAUGUUCGUUCUCAGAGCAUUGUGAGCUCUAUCUUCUCAGAGGCGUGGAAAAGAGGCACACAAUUGGAGGAAUCCAGCAAGGCAAGAAUGGAGUCCUUAAGUCGUCCCCUAACUUCUCUAACCCCUCAGCCCCAGGUUAUCCAGAACAGAGUUGUUUCUCCACAUGCUGCUUCGCAGCCAUCACCUCUUGCCCCACCUCCUCCUCCACCUCCUCCCCCACCACCACCGCCUCCUCCUCCACCCCCACCACUUCCUACUCAGUCUAAGAGCCCUUCUGUGUCCCCUCCCAUUCUAUUUGCUAAAUACAGCACUAUUACUAGAUUACAGAAUGCAGCACAGUAUCCUGGGCCUCACUUUAAGUCACCCAGCUCAAGCCAAAUUGGUUCAUAUGCCUCACAAAGUGCAAAACCCCAGAUGGUGGUCACUCCUAAUGGUGGAAUACCGCCACCACCUCCACCCCCUCCACCCCCACCACCACCUCCUCCAGGUUCUGCUAUGGCAAUGUUGAGACCUGCCCUAUGUACCCCAUCUAUGCCUCAGUUUACACCACCCCCACCACCUCUAAAAAUUCAUCAGGUCCAGCAGACUAACAUUGUGCCGACUGCUCAGCCUCCUCCACCUCCUCCUUUGCCCCCUCCUCCACCACCGCCACCACCACCACCCCCUCCUCCAUUUCAAGCCCCUAUUAAACACACUGUGCCUGUUACUAAACAAACAAACAACGCUCUCCCACCAACAUGUGCUGCUUCAGGACCUCCUAUUACAGCAACCAAAAAGCAGCUUCAUAUUACAUCUUCCCAAACAUAUCAACUUCCAUCUGUCCCUUUAGCUCCUUCUGGUGCCACUCCACCUCCAACUUUACCCAAACAGCAGAGCUUUUCUGUUAAGCCCCCUUCCUCUCCACAGUCACCCAUGCCUUCUGUUAAACAAAUUGCUAGUCAGUUUCCACAGCCUCCUUUGUCAGAUGUUCUAUCACCAAAGCCUUCUGCUCAAACUUCCGUUCCCCAAUCUCCACCAGCAGUGAAAGCAAAACCAAAAUGGCAGCCAUUUUCUGUUCCAUCACCUGAAUUUCCUCCUCCACCACCUGAGAGCAGUUUAGCACUCCUUCCACCACCACCCCCACCACCACCACCCCCACCACCACCACCACAAUCCAGUUCCACUGGUCCACCGCCUUCUCCCACGCCAGAGAAAAUGGGUUCUCCAGUUAAAAAGUCAAGCAAGACCUCUAGCCCAGGUGGGAAAAAGCCUCCACCCACUCCACAGCGCAAUUCUAGCAUUAAAUCAAACAGUUCUGCUGAAUACUAUGAAUCCAAGAAAUCAUCUGUGGAUAGCUUAGUGAGUAAAUUUGCAGAAUCUCCUGGUUCACCAUCUAAAGAGUCACUACCCCCACCCUCUGCACCACCAAAGCCGAUAAAACUGAACCUUUCAGGUGUAAACUUGCCUAUGGUCUUCCAACAAGGAAACCUACAAAACCAGAUGCCCAGCAUGUUAACUUCCUCAAAGGAACCAGUCACAGAGUUCCCAUCACCACCGUCUGAUUCUGAAUCAGAUUUCCCACCUCCACCAGCAGACCUUGAGCUUCUGCCUCCACCACCUGCAGAUAAUCCUCCAGUUAUAUUUUCUGGUAACACUUCCCCAAAGGUUGCUGUGGUGAAUCCACAACCACAGACAUGGUCUAAAUCAUCUGUAAAGAAGGCACCACCUCCCACCAGGCCAAAACGGAAUGACAGCAUGAGGUUGAUGCAAGCAGAAAUAACAGAAGCUGCCCCUCCUGCCAGCCCGCAAGUGCCAACCUCACCUAAGCCCAGCCUAAGUGUACAGCCUGGGUUCCUUGCUGACUUAAACAAGACUCUUCAGCGGAAAUCUAUCACCAGACAUGGCUCAUUAACUUCUGCCCGUUUAUCAAGACCAGAACCCACUGCCACUAUGGAUGAUAUGGUACUUCCACCACCACCACCAGAACUUUUAGGAGAUAAUCAAAAAGUUAACUGCUAUGGAGGCAGCCAUUUAUCAGGCUAUGCAACGUUACGAAGGGGUCCACCUCCUGCUCCACCUAAAAGAGACCAGAAUACUAAGCUUUCACGGGACUGGUAACCAUUUUACAAAAAAAAAAACUUUGGUUAGUUCUACUCAUGGCAGUCUCAUGUACUAUGAAUUUAGGAGCUCCUUGAUGAAAAGUCUCCGUAUAAAGUUUACCUUGCACCUCAACUCCCUUCAAGUUUGGUAAAUGCAGCUGAAGUCACCUCUGGAGAUAUAGACCCAGUCGCAAUACAGACAGGACCAAAAUAUGUUUCAUACUCUGCAUUUAAAGGGACCUUUUUGUAGUGUAUGUUAGUGUGCAAUGUCUCUGCAUGUAUUCCUACAGUAGGCAUAUAAUUCUGUAAUUAAAAAUAAUAAUAUAGAGACUGUACAAUAAAAGAUAACCAGAAUGUUUUACUUCA